AUGUGGCGCUGGCAGAACUGUGCCGGCUGGUGGGGCUCUUGACGCCGCUCUUCGGAAACCUCGGAACCUCGUAACAUCGGAGUGUAGGGGUAGAGCACGCAGGCGCAAUUUGUAUCUCACGGAUACUUAUCGCGUCCGAGGCACCAACACUCGUUGCGUAUCUUAUCGCAUGUGAGGCGAUAAGAUAACCAAUACCAGGCGAGGGGCUACAGAAUAAAUCAUAACGCUGCCACACCGACAGGACCGCGCACCCACACAGGUGUGAGACCGCCCAACCGCAGCGGCGCUGGAUCUUCAUCGGUGUGGGUAGCUAAUUGGGCGGCAAACGCGCGGCAGGCACCGCAUUGCGUCGCCGUCGUUGUUGUCAUCGCAAGUGAGGUGCUUGCUGUUCAGAGUGCUCAGUGUUUAGUGUUCCGAGCCCGGAGACCGGAGACCGGAGACCAGUACCACCGCCAGAGUCGAGUUGGUCUCGAAAAAAUAGCACUUCGUAUCACUGCUCACUGGUGAAGGUUGCGCGCGGGCCAGAACCACAAUCACAAUCAACAACCACGGAUGACAGCAUUAGAUCGCCCCCAAAGUUCCAAAGCUCCAAAGUUCCUACAUUCCGAAGUUACAAAUUCGAGCAAUUUUCCCAACUUACCACCUUUGCGCGCCACUUUGCCGGCCGCCCAAAUUGAUAGGAGAAGUGAACCAAACACACCUGGACACGCCGUGCUUGUGAUAAAUUUUUGAAAACACAACAAAACUGAAAUCAAGCGAUAAAAACCAAUCUUAGAUAAAACGCUGGAGGAAAAGCAAAGAAGAGCCGCUGGUAACUCAACUUCAUGGUCUGCAAAACUAUCUCACCGAGUGUAACAAUGCAGCUGAAGAUGGAACAGCAGACAACGCAGCAGCAGCAGCAGCAGCAACAACAACAUUUGCAACAGCAGCAGCAACAGCAGCAGGCUCUGACCAAGCAGCAACUCCAUCUGCUGGACAAGAUCAAGCUCGAGUCCAGCAACGGCGCCGAUCCGUUGGCCCAGCAGGCGACCAACAAUCUGGAUGAGCAGCAGGAGCAGCAGCAACAACAGCAACAACAGCAGCAGCAGCAACAGCAGACCGCAACAUCGGUGGGCGUGGUGGUGCAGACGGGCCAAGCGGGCGUCAGCGAACCGGAGGAGCAGUACGUGUUGGUGCCACGCAACCAGCGCCGCAUCCUCACCACAGCGGGAACGCUUGAAUUAAACGAAGCUCGUGAAGGAGAGCCGAGCACAAACGCCAGCAACGCUAGUUCCGGAUCUGCUCCGGAUAGCCACAUCGAGUACCAGCGCGGUGCGCACCAAUCUCCCGGCGCCACCCACUACGUGCAGAUGGCGCCGCGCAACGCAGAGGUGCCGGAACAGGUGGGAGCUGCUGCCGGAGCUCCUCCGGGCACCAUCUUCGCCUAUUCCUCCGCACAGAUUAUCUGCAGCGGUGACGAUGUGGCCGCGAUCAAGAUCGAAACUACCGAGAAGGGUGAGGCAGCGGGGGAGUCGCAACAGCAGCAGCAGCAGCAACUGCAGCAGCACCAGCAGCAGCAGCAACAACAGCAAUGUCCCACGCCCAACGGAGCCAGCUACGGCGAGACCAUAGUGAUCAGCAGCGAGGCGGAGGCACUGCAGCAUCACCACCAGCAGCAGCACCAGCACCAGCAGCACCAGCACCAGCAGCACCAGCACCAGCAACACCAUCAGCAUCAGGCGGCAGCUGCAGCAUCGGCGGCGGCCCAGACGGUCCACAUUGCCACCACGGUGCAUGGCACCACCGUGCGCUUCAUCCCGGAGGAUGGACGCUUCACCACCGCCGGACCGGAGGCGACCGCCUCGAAUCUGUACUACGAUGCACCCGUGGUAGAUGCCACUGUGCAUGCCAACGAGUCGAAGACGUACGCCGAUCUCGGCAACGCAUACGCCCCCUUCCCGCCCAGCUCCAACUUCAGCAGUAAUAACUAUGCCGCCACACUGCAGCAGGGACACAUUUACAGCGUUCCGGGCACCGCGCAGUUCUUGACCAAGUCCGAGUCUGGACUUAAUCAGCUGCGCCCGGCUGGACAGUCCACCUUUCAAACGAUAUCUUUCGAGACCGGCAACGGCAUCGAUGCUUUGUGGGCACCUUCCGCCCAGCCGGAGUACCAAAGUGUUCAAUUCGGCAACUUCCAUUCGCAGGCUCCUGAUGACUACGGGAACAACAAUAUGAGCAUCACCCAUUGGCCAGCCGCCAGCAGCAUAGGAGCGUACGAUGGAAGUCUGGUGACCGCCUCGUCCACCUCGUCGCCCAACCACGAGCUUAAGUGCGAGAAUUGUCACUCGCAGCUCCUACGGAAGGGAAGCGAUUACUUCUGCCCCAACUGCCCGUCCUUCAUGCGGAUUCAACGUAUACCCCAGCGGCAGGCGAAGCCCAAGGCCGCCGCCGCCCCCAACAACCGGCGCAACGGUGUCACCUGCGCCAACUGCCAGACCAACUCGACGACCCUGUGGCGUCGCAACAACGAGGGCAAUCCGGUGUGCAAUGCCUGCGGACUGUACUUCAAGCUGCACAACAUGAACCGACCGCUGUCGAUGAAAAAGGAGGGCAUCCAGAAGCGCAAGCGGAAGCCGAAGAACAAUGGAGGAGCACCCAUGCACCGAGGAACGCUGCCGAGCAUGCCGCAAGGUGUCAACCUGAUGGCCAACAGCACGCUGUACCCCUCCCAAGUGCCGGUUAGCAUGCUGAGUAGCCAGCAGAAUGCCAGUCCGGAGCUGCACGACAUGUCGACGACGGGUCCGGCGGGUGGGCAGCGGGUGGCGGCCAUUUCGCUGAAUGCAACGGCGCCACCCACCACCGACGGAACGCUGAACAUGUCCGCCCGUCAUCACGUGACCGGCGAGAGCCACUCACCGUACAGUCAGCAGUCAACGCCACAGAGUCAAUCGCCGCAUCUGCCCAGCACGGUGGCGAUAAGCCGUCAGAUAGUCCACCCAGUACCCACCAUCGAAAGCAGUCGCAGUUCCAACAACGAACUGACCCCAAGCGUAAUCACGCGCACUGGUCUGCCAGAGAGAUCAUCGAAUAACUAAGCUAGCCUUGACUUAACUACGCACUAAAGUAACUAUAGUUGACCUAACCCAAAUGUCAGAAAUUGCCAAAAUAUUUAUUUAAGCCAUAGCCGUAGUCAUAUAGCCAAGACCAAUGUCCCAGUUAGAGGAAGAAUUUUCCGAGUUUCUGGGUUUCCGGGUUUCCGGGCUUCCAGUAACCAUUUUACCAAAAUGUCUUCCUCCUUUUAGUCAACUGCAUACGGCAAAAAGUUUUGAAAUGAUUUGUGCCAACCA